CCCGCUGUCCGCGCCGCUCUUGCUGUUUUUAUUUUUUAUUUUCCUUUCAAUUUUUCCCUCUUUUUUUUUUCUCUGCUUCUUGCAAGCUGACACUUGAUGAGCUUUGAUUCUACUAAUCCUUCAGUGUCGCAGCAGCAGGGUCAACGCCACCCUGGGCAAGAACCUUCUCCACCCGGAUUUCGGCCGCUUGCAUACCAAGCAGACCAACAACAUAAUUCACCCUCAUCUGACCAUUGGAACGAAUUGACACGAAGACCUUCCGACAGCAACUCUUCCUAUGGCACCAAUGAGCACCCACCCGCGCCUCCUCUUCAACACACUUCACCGUAUCGACCCUCGCCUUCGUCUGCAUCGCCAUAUCCCUAUCACUCUAUGCCUAAUAACAGUUAUCCAUCUGCUUCUUCUGCCUGGGACUAUACUGAUCCGACAUUUAACGAGAGACCCUCCGCAACAGCUCAGACCUACGCAACUGCCAGAGAUUAUCCAAAAACGUCGUAUGAUCAACCAGACCGAUAUUCGCAACAUACUACUGCCUACGAUCCGGUCCACGAAAAUGCAAUGAACGUUGACCCUAUCGUACCGCUGCACAGAACAUCUCACGAUGCAGUACAGAAUGCUCCUUCUGCACCAGCUUACCUUAAAGAACGAAAGACCCACUCGCCUGUGAUGUCCAUUUCACACAUGCUGUCGUCUGAUACAUCUGACAAGCCGGCAUCGUCAGCGCAUCCAAUAUCCCCUGUUUUACAACCAGCGUCUUCUAAUCCUCCAGCAAAUCAGCCGUCCCGUAAUGGUAUCCACAGUCUUUUGAAUAGCACAGAAGAUACGUUCGAAAUGGCGGAUUCCGACACCGAUACAGAAGACAUUCCCCUUUACUCCACCGCUCAGCCCAUUGUCACAGAGGUGGAUGAUACACCGGUGACUGAACCAGCACUCCACGCCAUCCCGUCAGCAGAGCCUUCCACCUUCAGUGCCAAUGUUUCUGUUUCUAGCGAUCAACGUCCGAUGGAGCCUGCUCAUGCUGAUCACGAAGUCGACGAUCAUUUAAGUGAUGAUUCCUCUGUUGAUGAUUUCGCCCGCCAUAGUAGCAGAUCAAGACAGACAUCAAAGUCUUUAGCUGAGCGGACGUUGGAAGAACUGCAAUUGUCGGAUGAUGACGACGACGAAGAUAUUUUAUAUACGCAACGUGACGCCAUGAUCCAGUAUAUGAUCGACGUUCAUAAUCGAAGAAAACGCGUUAUUGAAGCGUACGAAAAAAGAUCAUCCAGCAAACACAGCAAAGUUCAUGAACGGUUGCAGCAAACUUUCAUGAAACGAUAUGGAGUGCCGAUGCCCAAAGUGAUAUCCGAACCGCUGGGACAUAAAGACCGUUUACGACACAAGAAAAAACGAUUCAGACGACGUUUUAGUGAAGAUCUCAGUCAAACAGAAGAAGAUAUCACUGUAGUGAAAUCACCCACCCUCACAUCACAAGAGAGAAUGGAGGAAGAGCGAAGGAAGAUCUGGCUAGCAAUUGCCAGGAAAGACAUUCCAAGAAUGGCAAAGAUCUUGACUCGUGUGCAGGCUACCAGAGCUGGUAAUUGUAAAAAGGUUGCUCAGUAUUGUCAAAAGGAAGCCAAACGUGCAGCUACCAAGGGCGGACGCCUAAACAGGGAUGUUCAGCUAAAGGCGAAGCGUGCCAUGAAAGAGAUGCUUAUUUUCUGGAAGAAGAACGAAAAGGAGGAGAGAGAAUUGCGCAAGAAGGCUGAAAAGGAAGCAUUAGAUCGAUUGAAGCAAGAGGAAGAACGAAGAGAAGCUCAACGUCAAGCGAGAAAGCUGAAUUUCUUGAUCACACAGACCGAACUCUACAGCCAUUUUAUCGGAAGAAAGAUAAAGCAAGAUGUUGGUGAAGACGACGAAACCGCUGUUCCAGUUUCCGAAGGGGCUACACCUGCCGCUCAAUCGGAAAGUGUGGAUUUGGACGUGACCGAAGGAGAGCAACCUUUGGGCGAAAUCGAUUUUGAUGAAGAUGAUGAAGAAAAACUGAAAGAACACGCUCGAAUUUCUGCUCAGAAUGCGCUCGCGAAACAACGAGAGGCAACGCGGCAGUUUGAUGAAAAAGCCCGUGAAAGACGCAUCGCUGCCGGCGAUUCAGCCAUGAAUGUAAAUCAAGCUCAGUUGGACGAGAUGAACUUCCAAGAUCCUACGAGUAUGGGUACAGGCCCAGAGAUCAAGCAGCCGUCCAUUCUAAUGUGUCAGCUUAAGAGCUAUCAGUUGAAAGGUCUCAACUGGUUGGGCAAUCUGUACGAGCAAGGCAUCAAUGGUAUCUUGGCCGAUGAGAUGGGUCUAGGAAAGACUGUCCAAUCCAUCUCUUUGAUGGCAUAUCUUGCUGAAGUACAUAAUAUUUGGGGUCCUUUCUUGGUCAUUGCUCCUGCCUCCACACUGCAUAAUUGGCAGCAGGAAAUUACCAAAUUCGUACCAUCAUUCAGAGCUCUACCUUAUUGGGGUAACCCCAAGGAUCGUAAAGUAUUACGGCAGUUUUGGAAUCGCAAGCAAUUGUACGGUCGCGAUGCACCGUUCCACAUCGUUAUCACCAGUUAUCAACUUGUAUUGACGGAUGUCAAGAACUUCCAGCGUGUCAAGUGGCAAUACAUGGUUCUAGACGAAGCGCAAGCGAUCAAGAGUUCGUCCAGUGCCAGAUGGAAACAGUUACUUGGUUUCCAUUGUCGAAAUCGACUGCUGUUAACUGGUACACCCAUCCAGAACAGCAUGCAAGAACUUUGGGCUUUGCUUCAUUUCAUCAUGCCAACUUUGUUUGACUCGCAUGAAGAAUUCAGUGAAUGGUUUUCAAAGGAUAUCGAAAGUCAUGCGGAGAACAAGGGCAGCUUAAACGAACACCAGCUGAGACGUUUACACAUGAUUUUAAAGCCGUUUAUGCUUCGUCGUAUCAAGCGUAAUGUGCAACAUGAACUGGGUGAAAAGAUUGAAGUGGAAGUGUACUGCGAUCUGACGGCGAGACAGAAAGCACUGUAUCGUGGAUUGAAAGAAAAGAUUUCUAUUUCAGAAUUGUUGGAAAAGGCCAAGUCUUUGACAGAUGUGGAAAGCAUGGAUAGUUUAAUGAACCUGGUCAUGCAAUUCAGAAAGGUGUGCAAUCAUCCUGAGCUCUUUGAGCGCGCCGAUGUUCAGGCACCUUUGUCUUUCUGUCAAUUCGGUAUGACUGGGUCGCUCGUCAAAGAAGCCCAUCUUUAUCUUCCCUAUGCAACCCGCAGUCCUAUCACCUAUCAUAUUCCUCGUAAACUGUAUCGAAAUGGCGGUAUCCUCCGCGUGCCUGGCCCACAGUCCAACGCAGGGUUUACGACUAGAUAUCUUGAUAAUCUAAUGAAUAUUUGGUCUUGCGAUUAUAUCCAUGAAUCCAUGUUCUCCUCUGAAUCAGAUGCCGCAUUUUCCUUCCUUCGGUUCACUGAUAUGAGUGCUCACGAUGCCAGUUUCCUGUUUAAGCAAUCCAUCAUUGUGCGCUGGGUUGCCCAUCUGAGUCGAUUAGCGCAACGUGCUCAACGAAAGUUUUACAUUGAUGGUGAUGAAAGUUACCCUACUGCUGCUGCUAAUACAUAUGCCAGCUUCCUCAUUGCGGAAAACGAAUCAAUUCUUUCGCCCGUGACCAUGGUUCCAAACAGUCCUCUGGAUCAGUUAACUCAUAUAUCCGACAACGUGAUUUAUUUGGUUCGCAAAUUUAAUCAGUGUUACUCGCCAAAGGCGCAAGCCGUCCCGAUAGAUAUGGUAUGCUCUGAUCGAUCGUUUGAAGUGGAACAAAAAGAACUUCUUUUCGACUCUACUAUUCGAGCCACGCUGUUCGGUCAAGCGCAGUAUAUCAAUUGGUCGCAACGAGAACAUGCAGCACAGUUGGCUGAUGUUAUGUCUGCGACGGAUAACCAAGGCAUUAUGACGGUGCCGGCAUCAGGUCACGGCUACUCUCACAUGAGAAUACCAGCUAUGAGCGAUCUUAUUCUGGAUUCCGGAAAAUUGGCGAAAUUAGACGGCUUAUUAGAGAAACUGAAGGCCGAAGGUCACCGUUGUCUCGUUUACUUCCAAAUGACGCGCAUGAUUGACCUGUUUGAGGAAUACAUCGCCUACAAGCAAUACAAAUAUCUACGAUUAGAUGGUUCCUCCAAGAUUUCGGAACGUCGUGACAUGGUGACAGACUGGCAGACGCGACCUGAAAUCUUUAUCUUCUUACUGAGUACGCGUGCUGGUGGUCUGGGUAUUAAUUUGACCGCUGCCGAUACAGUCAUCUUUUAUGACAGCGAUUGGAAUCCUACCGUGGAUCAGCAGGCCAUGGAUCGAGCGCAUCGUUUGGGCCAAACCAAACAAGUCACUGUCUAUCGUUUAAUUACAAAGGGAACCAUUGAGGAACGAAUCCUGCAGCGUGCCAAACAGAAGGACGAGAUUCAAAAAGUGGUUAUUUCCGGUGGCGAAUUCAAGCAAGUCGACUUUAAGCCUAGAGAAAUUGUUUCAUUGCUUUUGGACGAUGAAGAGCUUGAUAACAAACUACAGCAGCAAUUAAAACGUAAAGCUGAAGAUGAGGAAAGCAGUAAUCCGGCGACACCUACUGGCAAACGGGCAAAGAAGGGAUCAGGGAGCUCCACACAAAAUCCAGGAACGAUUGAUCAAUUGUUCAGUGCCGGAGGUGAUACAUUGCCGGAAGAUAACCUUGGCGAAUCCUCCAAGGGUAAAAGAGCGCCAGAAAGAAGAAAAAGUCGAAUCGGCCGGCCGAGGACAAAUAUUUCCUUCACGGGUUAAACUGGAGAAAAAAAUUAAUCGUUAGCCAUUCACAUCAUUCGGUCUAAUCAGUAUCAAUACGAAGAAUACGUAGCAAAACGGGAAGGCUUCUAGAAAAAAGACGCUCCAAAAGAAGCAGAUGUUCUUUUGUGUAAAAGUUUUUUUUUAUUUAGCACCUAUCAUAUUCUUUGAAUUUGUAUCUUUAUCUGAUGCUUUGAAAGAAACUUGUAGAUAAAAAAAAAAAAAUAACGAAAUGGGAUUAUCCAAAUACUCUCUGGUUUUUUUAUCAGUACUGUAUCAUGUUCAUCGAUCAAGGUUACAUGGAAGAAAGCUCGAUGUCAAAAAACCAUAGACAGUUACGUAUUACA